AUGCAGGCGCAGGCGGUGCAGGCAGUGCAGGCGGUGGCAGAAGACUCACAAGACAAGGAGAGGGAAGCGUUCGUGCAGAUCCCUGGAGAAUGGUUGCCGCAGCAUCUGCGAGAGCCACACGAGCAAGAGCAAGAGCAGCAAGAGGCCACAGAUGCCAAUGUCAAAGGCGGGCGCAAAGCAGAAGAGACGGAGGCGAAGGCGCUUGCUCUGUUCUUCAGUUGA